UAGUUUCUGGAUGGCCAUCCAAACUGAGUUGGAAAUCUACUCAUCAUGGUUACAACCCCAUAACAAAAAGAAAUUGUUUUUAGUGCCUCCUCCUAUCAUGGCCCCCAUUGACUUUAUCUUUCGAAAAGAUCUGUUCCCACCAUCAUUCACACCAAUGCUCACUCAACUAUCUCUCUACUUAUCUUGUUUUAUUGAUUUAUCAUGCACUGUGAUGAACAUAGAAAGGAGGGUAAGGAGGGUCUCAAUAAAGGAAAAUUUUAUUGCUCUUCCAUCUCCAACAUGGUCUUCAAAAGAACCAUGUUUCUUCUUCUACUUCAGAAUUUCCUUGUAAUAAGCUCUACUCUGGUAGGCUUGGGUUAUCAGCACCACUCUGGUCACUCUUCACUCACAGACAAGGCUGCUCUUCUGGAAUUCAAGAAGGCCAUAAUAUCUGACCCGACUUUCGCACUUGCUAACUGGCAAGAGAGCAAUGAUGUAUGCAACUUCACAGGGGUCGUGUGCAAUACAAGGCAUCAUCGAGUAGCAAACUUAACCCUCAAUCGCACUGGCCUUGUGGGAUAUAUUUCACCCUUCAUUUCAAAUCUCACUGAGCUUCUUUGCCUACAGCUCGCUGAGAAUAAUUUCUCCAGCACUAUUCCACUUGAGAUAUCCUCUCUCCGGCGCCUUCGCUUUCUGAAGCUCCACAAUAACAACAUGCAAGGUUCAAUACCAGAAUCCCUUUCUCUUCUUCAUGACCUUGAAUUGUUACAUCUUUUUGGAAACAACUUGACUGGUCCAAUUCCAGCUUCCUUAUUCUCCAACUGCUCUAUGUUGCAAAAUGUAGACCUUUCUGGCAACCGUCUUACAGGAAAAAUUCCACCAGAGAUUGGAAAUUGUCCAUAUCUAUGGACCCUCAAUUUAUACAAUAAUCAAUUUACUGGACAAAUCCCUUUUUCCUUAACCAAUGCUUCAUACAUGUUUAAUUUGGAUUUUGAAUAUAACCAUAUUUCUGGUGAAUUGCCUUCAGAUAUCGUAGUGAAAUUGUAUCGGCUUGUUUAUCUUCAUAUAUCUUACAAUGAUAUGGUUAGUCAUGAUGCCAAUACUAAUCUUGAUCCCUUCUUUGCCUCCCUUGUAAACUGCUCUUCUCUUGAGGAGCUUGAAAUGGAAGGUAUGAGCCUUGGAGGAAAAUUGCCAAAUUUCAUGGGUCAACUUGGUGUUAAUCUAACAAAUCUUGUUCUGAAUGGCAACCAAAUAUCUGGAUCAAUACCUCCGAGUUUAGGGAAUUUCUCCAUACUUACGAGCCUGAAUUUAUCAUCGAAUCUAUUAAGUGGAACAAUUCCGCUAGAGUUCAGUGCAUUGUCAAACUUGCAACAGCUUAUCUUGUCACACAACAGUCUCAAUGGUUCCAUUCCAAAAGAAUUAGGGAAUAUAGGAGGUCUGGGUCAUUUGGAUUUAUCUCACAACAACCUAUCAGGCAACAUACCAGAGAGUAUAGGGAAUUUGUUUCAGUUGAAUUAUCUGUUCCUCAACAACAAUAACCUCUCAGGAGCAGUACCUCGAAGUUUAGGACAUUGCAUUGAUCUGAACAAGCUUGACUUCUCCUACAACAGAUUGACAGGGGGCAUCCCUCCAGAAAUAUCAAGUUUGCUCGAGAUCCGAAUAUUCCUGAAUCUUUCACAUAAUCUUCUCGAAGGGCCUUUGCCAAUUGAGCUCAGCAAGCUGCAAAAUGUCCAGGAGAUAGAUCUCUCGUCGAACAACUUCAAUGGAAGUAUCUUCGACCCAAUAUUAAAUUGUAUUGCCUUAAGGUUGUUAAAUUUCUCGCACAAUGCUCUUGAAGGGCCGCUUCCAGAUUCCUUGGGUGAUUUCAAGAACCUGGAGGUCUUUGAUGUUUCAGAGAACCAAUUGUCUGGAAAGAUCCCAACAACCCUCAAUAGAACCCGCACGCUCACCUUUCUGAAUCUUUCAUAUAACGACUUUGAUGGACAGAUUCCCUCCGGUGGCAUCUUUGCUUCAGUUACAAAUCUUUCCUUCUUAGGCAAUCCGAAUCUUUGUGGCUCAGUUGUUGGCAUACCCACUUGCCGUAAGAAGCGAAACUGGUUACAUUCACACAGGUUUGUGAUUAUUUUCUCAGUUGUGAUAUCUAUAUCUGCAUUCUUAUCAACUAUAGGUUGUGUUAUUGGUUGCCGAUAUAUCAAGAGAAUUAUGUCCUCUGGGAGGUCUGAAACAGUGAGCAAAUCAACACCAGACUUGAUGCACAAUUUCCCAAGAAUGACAUACAGAGAACUGUCAGAGGCCACUGGAGGGUUUGAUGAUCAGAGACUAAUUGGCUCAGGGAGUUACGGACGUGUCUUCAAGGGAGUUCUUUCAGAUGGAACUGCCAUAGCAGUCAAGGUGUUACAGUUGCAAACUGGCAAUUCCACCAAGAGUUUUAACAGAGAAUGCCAAGUCUUAAAGAGGAUUCGCCAUAGGAACCUGAUAAGAAUCAUCACAGCUUGCAGCCUACCUGAUUUCAAAGCCCUUGUCCUUCCUUUUAUGGCAAAUGGGAGCUUGGAUAGCCGUCUCUAUCCACACUCAGAGACAGGUUUGGGUUCGGGUUCUUCAGAUUUGAGCCUCAUCCAGAGGGUGAACAUCUGCAGUGAUAUAGCUGAAGGGAUGGCUUAUCUGCAUCACCACUCCCCAGUCAGAGUCAUACACUGUGAUCUAAAGCCGAGCAAUGUACUUCUUAACGAUGAAAUGACAGCUCUGGUUUCGGAUUUUGGGAUCUCAAGAUUGGUUUCAACAGUGGGAAAUGCUGGAGGUGUUGAGCACAUGGGAAAUUCUACUGCAAAUAUGCUUUGUGGAUCCAUUGGAUACAUUGCACCAGAAUACGGGUACGGAGCCAACACAACUACAAAAGGAGAUGUUUACAGCUUUGGCAUACUAGUUCUUGAGAUGGUGACCAGAAAAAGGCCUACAGAUGACAUGUUUGUUGGGGGACUGAACCUGCACAGAUGGGUGAAGAGUCACUACCAUGGAAGAAUGGAAAGGGUGGUAGAUUCAUCACUUUUUCAGUUGAGAGCUUCCACAGCUCAGCCUCCUGAAGUGAAGAAAAUGUGGCAAGUCGCCAUUGGAGAACUGAUCGAAUUAGGCAUUCUUUGCACACAGGAGUCUUCCUCUACUAGGCCUACGAUGCUGGAUGCUGCCGAUGACUUAGAUCGCCUCAAACGCUACCUCACCGGCGACAGUACCACCGCCACAUUUGCCUCUUCUCUUGGAAUUUCGUCUUCAACCCUCGAUGAUGAUGACCAACUGUCUCUAAUUUGAUGUACAUAUCUUAGAAUAUCAUAAAUAAAACUGUAUUUUAUGACGGUAA